AUGUCGUCUGGAUCUCGGUUAUCUAUUUAUAAAAAAUCGUCUAUUUAUGAACGUAACUUAAACCGUACAAAGGGCACAGAGAUAAAUCUGUCAGCUUUUUCGUUUUUGUUUAGUGAAAUAAUUAGGUAUACACAAAAAAGGGCUCAAGGAAUUUAUGAGUUAGAAAAAAAACUUAAUAUUCAAGGGUACAGAGUUGGUCAGAAGUUAUUGGAAUUAAUUACAUGGAGGGAAAAAAAUUCUAAAAGAGAAAUAAGAGUUUUGGGAAUUUUGCAAUUUAUUUUUUCAAAUAUAUGGAAAGCCGUUUUUAAUAAACAGCCUGAUGCUCUUGAAAAAAGUAAAGAAAAUGAAGAUGAAUAUAUGAUUAUAGAUAAUGAGCCUAUGGUAAAUAAAUAUAUAUCUGUUCCAAAAGAAAUGGCACAGCUUAAUUGUGCAGCGUUUGUUGCUGGUAUUGUUGAAGCUAUUAUGGAUGGAUCGUGUUUUCCUUCAAAAGUAACAGCACAUUCAGUUCCAACACACGCAUUUCCUAGCAGAACAGUAAUACUUAUUAAAAUUAAUGAAAGUGUUUUAGAAAGAGAAAAAUAUUUGAAAUAA